AUGCUAAAACCUUUCCGUAUCAAGGAUCUUCUUGAUCCUGCUCUGGACGAACAGCCAGGCCCAUCUUGUUUGGGCGUGAAGGAUAGUGAAGGCAACUCUCGAACAGACCUCCAUGCCGCUGGGCAAGAAGACGACAAACCAUCAGAAUGCCACACCUAUGACGGUAUCGUGGAAAUAUCCCGAACUGAAUACGAUGCAACAAUUUCUCAAAUUCCCGAUUCUAAGCUCCGCUACACCGAUGAAGACGAUGGCGAGACAGUUACUGUAGGAUCAUCCUUUGAACUCGCUCAGCGGCUGGACGAGACACCGGCAGAAUCAACGUCUCCACUGGGGCUAUCUCCAUUUGGUCAACUUGAGACAACUCCGAUGCACCUCUUUGACAUUGGCAAAUCUUCUACUUCUAUCAAGACUUGGAAAGCUUUCGAAACGAGAACGUCAUUGCAAAAGUGUCAACCCUCGGUAUCUUGCCUAUCCGACAUACCGGAGAAACUUCCUUCAGUUGCUACCUCCUCAAGCUCAAUAUUCACGCCAAAAUUGAAUCCUACCAACAUUAUAGACCCGCGACAACAUUGGUUUGAAGCUUGCAACCCGCCUAAACCUCCUACCAAGGACAAGACUGAGAUGCCUGAGGGAAAGCACUCACCACAAGAAUUGAACAGGGACAAUGUAAAAACAAAUUCUAUGCGUUCUUGUGGGUCUCUUACAGACGAAGGGAAGAAGCAAGCUCAGGCUGCUGGCGCUAAAUUUCGCAAGUCUCGAAACAUGUGGCAAGGAUCACGUCCUCCGUCUCUAACUCCGGUCGGUGCUCAAAACUUUUGGAGCUCUUACCAAGUCUCGCCGCCCGUCAAGGAUGAUAAGGAUUUGACCGAAAGAGAACCAAGAAGCCAAGAAUCACCCAUCGAGGAACAACCACAAUCGUUUUUGGCAGCAUUUGAAGCUGAAUUAUCGAAGCUUGUUGAACAGAAUCCGGACUCUGAAAAUAGCGUUGAAACGGAGACUGCUCAAACAACCAUAGAGCCGGCUAUAACUCCCGCACCAAAGAUCGAACCACCGACUUCCCAUCAGAUACCCCAAACACAACCAAUCCCUAUGGCUACCGAGAUUGUAGGCAAACAUGUGCAAGCACUGUUAGGUUCGAUAGGACACUUGACAUCAGAACUUCGUGUACGACUCCCCGAAGUUGAACGGCGAAUUCUCAGCGCGCAGCAACAUAUGCCACUGCAAAUCCAAACUACAGCUCAAGAGACUCUAAAUACCAUGAGGAGCCAUGUCCAGACUUUUGCCAAAGCGGCUUUGAACGCUGCUCAGGCUACGCAAGAGGCAGCCGCUCAAAGUCAACACGCCCAAAUGCUCGCUGCAGCUCAAACAGAGGGACUACGCAAUCUUGCUUCUGAACUUGCAGAGACGGGCAGAACAAUGUUUACCGCACUUGAAGUUGGAAUCUCCGCCGACUGCCAUAAUGUGAAUGAGGCAUCGUCCCUCGAUUCACAAUCGGCUUCUGGAUUAAACAUCACUCCACCUUCAAUGGAAGGUUUGACACCAAAAUCAAAUGAUAACCUGUGCGCUACUUUGCCAAACCAAGCUACAGAUUCGCCAGCGAAGCCGUAUUCGAGGAGUCACACGACCCCAGAAACUGUUACUUCUCCGUCUAGUACUCUCUUCAUUGGGGGGUUAGGGCCCAGUACCGCAGAAGAAACCAUUCGCAAAACACUCGUGGACUACGGAUUUUUAGGUGAUGUAAAGCUGCCGACGGAUGCCGUUACCGGAAAGCACGCUGGUUUUGGCUAUAUCUACUUCCCUUGCCACUAUGCAGCUACAGGUGCUCUACAUGCCCUAAGAGGUGGAAGUAUUGAUGGACAUACGAUCAAUCUUGAAUACAGUCAAGAAACUCCCUCGGACAACACCCAUAAUAUAACGCCCACGGCAGAAUCCCUAUCGAAUUCCGACAUUUCUAAUUUGCCUUCGUCAUCUACUAGGAAUAUUCAACUUUUACAAUCUUGGGCUUUAGAUCAGCCCGCAAAUAAAACUCGGCAGAAACACUGUCCACCUGUAACAUCGGAUGUUACCAGUGAUGAAAAUCCUCACGCUGCAAAGAUUCGACGCGCAAAGUCUCUUGGUUCAUGGUCUUCCAGCCAAAGAGGUAAUGAUGCCCGUCGUGCGGUUAUUCCGCCACUCCAUCCCGUGAGAGUGGGCUACCGUGGAGUUCGCAGACAGAGCGCGCAUGAUAACUCUACGAGUCGACGCUCGGACCUAUAUCGCUUAGAUUCACCCAAUCCCGAAAUGACAACUCUACCUAUUGUGGAAGAUAUUGAUCGCGAUUUUUGGGCGCGGUAUCCUCCCCUGUCUACGUUGCAUCGUCAUCCGACACCUUCAACGGCCAGUGUUAGCCGUAUCGAACCCGAACGUGCUUUAGACCCGCGCCAUUUUACCAAAAUAAGAGUGCCCGAUCUUCUUCAGCCCGAAAGCGAGUUGACGAAACAGGCAUCGAUUCGGGACGCACCAACUUACAAAACCCGUGGUAAAGGCCCUUUACCACCGGCAGUCCCGGAUAAGGUUCCUGGCGCCUGGCCUAAAGAACGAAAUGCUCCAGGCCGUUCUUCCACUGCGGGCCCUCCACGCCCUAUGAAGGAGGCACGGAUUCAAGAUAACCGUAAGGUAGGAUCUCCUGCUCCCCUAAAUAAUGAAUUGUCAAAUGAGAGUGACAGCCCACACUCUUUCAUAUCCCCUGUUGAGCCCCAUACUUUCCCGGGGCCUCCAAUGGAGUAUCCAUAUAACGCCCCAGGAAGCUUCCCCUCUGAGACUUUGAGGACCAAAUACUCAACUCCUCACUGCGAUUCUUCUCCUCAAGGGCUGGCAAGGACCAAACUACAGGAUGUCAAUUGCUGCAUACGCAAUCUCACUUCUCUUGGGUACGCGACCGGGAGGAAUAGAGAUCGCUCAAGGCUAAGAGUAUAUGCGGAGGCUGCUGGCGGUAAUCUCAACGAAGCCAUCGAGAUCAUUGAGGAGGAGAGGAAAGCUUAUGAGCAGCGAUAUUCGCAUGAAUAG